CAGUUAUCCAAUCAUCUUUUGUGUGCAGUUUCGGAUGCACGCAGAGUUGCAGACUUUCCUCUGUACUGGGAUAACUGGACUUUUGUUUGUGAAUACAUGGACGUAUUAAAACGUUAUCGUUUUGAUUGAAGUUGUUAAACACAUUGGAACAAGCGGAGGAACGUAAACUAGCUAUAAAAUGCCAUUUUCAAGAGGAAAGAAGCCCACCACCAGCAAAAUCCCCAAACUUAACAACAAGGGAUUGGAGAACCAGCUGGAUGGCCCCCAAACCAAGCGCUCUUCCUCUUCUCCUAAAGGGGCUCCUAAGAAAAGGACUGCUUUUGUGGAUAUCACCAAUGCGCACAAAAUUGAGUUAAGCAACCCCAUCAAGAAGAAAGAACCCAUCAAGAAGGUGCAGAAGAAGACUUCAGUACUUGGAAAGAAUGAUGCCAAUUUAAGAAAACAAGCUGAAGUCAGUUCAGAGCAGGAGUCUGAGGAACUGAAGAAUGUGGAGUCACCUGUUGAGAAACAGGAAGAACCUUGUUCCGAACCUUCACUUCCCAAACGCCUUCAGGCCCCACAGAUCCCUCCAGAGUUUGACAUCGAUUCUGAGCACGUCAGCGAUGCCACACACGCACCAGAGUAUGCCAAAGAGAUCUUUGACUACCUCAAGAAUAGAGAGGAAAAGUUUGUCUUGAAUGACUUUAUGCCUGAUCAACCAAAUCUGAACAGCAAUAUGAGAGCCAUUUUAGUUGACUGGCUGGUUGAAGUUCAGGAGAAUUUUGAGUUGAAUCAUGAGACUCUGUAUCUGGCUGUGAAAAUCACAGAUCAUUAUCUUGCCACGAGUCAGACCAAACGGGAGGCUUUACAGCUUAUUGGUUCAACUGCCAUGCUCAUCGCUUCUAAAUUUGAGGAGCGGGCUCCACCUUGCCUAGAUGAUUUUCUUUAUAUUUGCGAUGAUGCCUACAAGCGCUCCCAGCUCAACGCCAUGGAGAUCUGCAUCCUGCAGGCGCUAAACUUUGACAUCAAUAUUCCAGUUCCAUACCGUUUCCUCAGGCGUUACGCCAAGUGUGUGAAUGCAGGUAUGGAUACACUGACCCUGGCGCGGUUUAUCUGUGAGCUGAGUUUGAUGGAGAUGCAGUUUGUUCCUGUGAGAGCAUCUCUUCUCGCCUCUGCCUGUCUGCUCAUCGCCCUGGUUACCAAGGACUUAGGAGGAUGGACACCAUGUCUACAGUUUCACUCGGGAUACAAUGUGGAGGAUCUCUUACCUGUGGUCAGGAACCUCCAUCAAAUGCUCACCGGCCCACCUGACAGUAAACUGGCAAUCAUCAGGAGCAAGUAUGCACACAAGGUUUUCUUUGAAGUUGCCUUAAUCCCAACAGUGAGUCUGGAGAAACUGGAAGGAUUUUUGAAGUAACCCGAGGAGAUUAUAUAAAAUGUUUCAAAUAGUGUAAAUAGUUAUAUUUAAUGUUGUAUUUUAAGCUUUUCAAAUAGUGUUAUGUGUGUACAUAACCACAAUGUAUGAACACUUUUUUCAUGUCUUUUAACACAAACCAUGCUAUUCUGCCUGUACAUGUAAAAAAUCAGUUGACCAGAACAGGCACCACUGACUCUUACAGAAACCUUUUAAUGUCCCAUAAACAGAUGAAGUAUAAAACAUAUAUAUGUUCAUUUUAAGUGCUGUUAUUUUCACCAUGUAUAUACAAUGUUUUAUUUCAUUGGUGUUCCAAAGCAUUGUAGUUAGCCAUUUCUGUGAGUUGGAUUUGUUUAUCCUUAAAUCACUUUGACAGUGUGACAAUAAAAAAACGUGUGUUGGA